UUCAAUGGUCAGGACGAUCGUGUUUAUCUUGUUUAAACUACAGAGGGGGUCGAGCUCUGUAAGGAUGUCAGUUUGGCAUGGAGAACAACUUCAGCAAAGUCUUUGCAACUUAAUUCGUAGAUGGUGCCGCGUGUGACACGCCAACCAAACAGCGCAUAAAGUGAUGAGGAAAGAAACACCUAAUGAUUUGAAACGUUCACGUUUAACGAACGGAAAGCAAUGGAUACGGGUGACGGGGAGAGGAGACGGACAAAAAGCCUCCGCGCAUGCCGAAGAAAUGGAGUCCAAAAUACGAAGAUGAAAAGCGAAGUGGGGGAAAAAGUUUUGAAAACGGUGGCCACGGAGGAUAUGAAGGUUUCUGUGCAGAAAAGCUGUUUUCCUGACGGUGUAACAAAGACCGAUGCAGCUGGGCGGAGGCUGGGCCCACGCUAUAGUCUGCUGCGGGAGGUGGGAAGGGGUAGCUAUGGCGUGGUAUAUGAGGCCGUAGCCCGCAAGUCUGGAGCCAAGGUAGCAGUAAAGAAAAUACGCUGUGACGCCCCCGAAAACGUGGAACUAGCGCUGGCAGAAUUUUGGGCCCUGGCGAGUCUGGAACGGCGACACGAAAACGUGGUGCAGCUGGAGGAGUGCGUUCUGCAGAAAAACGGAAUGGCCCAGAAAAUGAGCCACGGAAAUAAGCAGUCUGAGCAGUAUCUACGGCUUGUGGAGACGUCUCUGAAAGGGGAACGAGUUUUGGGCUACCCAGAAGAACCGUGUUACCUGUGGUUUGUCAUGGAGUUCUGCGAAGGAGGGGAUCUAAAUCAGUUUAUUUUAUCUAGGAGACCAGAUCCAGUGACCAACACUAGUUUCAUGUUACAGCUCACAAGUGCUGUUGCUUUCCUGCACAAGAACAAUAUUGUUCACAGAGACCUGAAGCCAGACAAUAUUCUUAUCUCUGAGAAGUCAGGGUUUCCUGUUCUUAAAGUUGCAGACUUUGGACUUAGUAAAGUUUGUGCAGGGUUUGGUGGUAGAGGCAAAGAAGGUGAAAAUGGUAACAAAAAUGUUAAUGUGAACAAAUUUUGGUUGUCAUCAGCUUGUGGCUCUGAUUUUUAUAUGGCUCCAGAAGUGUGGGAAGGCCACUACACUGCUAAAGCGGACAUCUUUGCUCUUGGCAUUAUAAUAUGGGCCAUGAUAGAAAGAAUAACUUUCAUUGAUGCUGAGUCAAAAAGGGAGCUCCUUGGCACAUACAUUAGACAAGGUACAGAGAUUGUGCCAGUUGGAGAAGCGCUGCUAGAAAACCCAAAGAUGGUACUGCACAUCCCUCAGAAACGGAGGACUUCCAUGUCAGAUGGGAUUAAACAGCUACUGAAGGACAUGUUGGCUGUCAAUCCUCAAGAUCGACCAGAUGCCUUUGAGCUGGAGACGCGAAUGGACCAGAUUACGUGUGCUGCUUGAAUUCAGAUGCUGAAUGAGAAGACUUUAAACUUAAUUCAGAAAUGUUUACCAUGGACCCAAGAUUCCAAGAGAUUUGAAGGCGAAGAAAAGGGAUAUACUGUAAAUGUGUGAUCCACUGAAAUGCAAUUUAAUGUCUAUCAUGUUCUUGUUAUGAGGGGAUAAUUUGGUGUAUUUGAAAACAAGCUUAACAUCCCCUAUGUAAGAAAGAGACCCUGCACAGAGAAAGCUAGAAUAUUUACAAGGUGUGGACGCUGUCUUAUACUAUGCUAUUUAGUGCACAGAAUUGAUGUGGUUGCUUUUUAUCAAAAAGUGUUUACAAAACAGAAACCAGUAAGAAAUUCCCAGUUGGUAAUAUUGAAGCAUUUUCCACUGGCAAAAUCUGUGUGGCCUUUCAAAUUGGAUUUGCAUUUCUGCCUCUUGUCCUACCUGUCACAUUUUUGUAUUGUUUAAAUUAUUACCUUCUGCAUUCCUUGAAGAGCUGCUCUUAUUGUUCUUUCUUUCUAAACUUUGCUGAUUGUUUUAUUCAGGCUGUGUUUCAUUUAAUUUAAUUUGUGAACACAGUAAAAAGGCUCAAGAAUUAAGAAAACCUAUGUUGCAUUACAGUUCUUCUGUAUUUACAAAUUUCAGCACAUCUGAUGAUAAUGCACUGUUUUUAAGAUUUCAGGCUAUUUUUUUUUCCCCUCAACAAAUGUAUACUUGCAAAGGAUAUGAACUUUAGCUUCAAAGCAGAUUCAAAUUUCUGUAGGAUCAUUUUAUAAAGUGGAGAUUUAAUAAGGCAACAUCUGACAGUUCAGGAGUUUAAAGCCCUGGUGACGUCAUGUACUUAAGCUUCUCUGCGACAGAAGAUAACUCUCUAAUACGUAGUCACUCCAAAAAUGACCUGCUGUCCUUGCCACAGUACCAGCUAUAGCUAAUAUUCUCUGCAGUUAACAUGAAACAUAUGACAGUUUUUUGAAAAAGUUUAAUAUGUAAGCAGCCUUAGUAAAACUAACAGCAAAUUGUGUGAAUUUUUGUAGUGCCUUACAUAUUUAUUUAAAUGCUGCUUUGUUGUUAAACAGAUAAUAUCCCUUUGAGAUUAAAGUUCUUGUUUUUUGUAAACAUUACUAGUUCAAGAUAAAAAAUCCAGUGUCCUCUUGUUCUUUGAAAGUAGAUUGUUUUGGGUUUUUAGUUAUAUGUACAUUUAUACACACCCAUCUGUGCACAUUACAUAUUUAUGUAUAUGUUAUAUACACACAGUAUAAUGUCUGGUUGUGUGAAUAAAUAUAUUUACACACAUAAAUGCACGCAUGGAUGUGUGUUCAUAUAUAUGUAUGGUAAAUGCAAAUAUGAAGUUCAUUCAUAUCACAUGUGUAUGUUAGUACUCCGUUAGGAAAAGUAAUGUUUUAAGUAGACCUUUAAAAACUUCAAUUAACUGCUGGUUUUGGAAAUACAGGGGACAAAAUCACUUCUGUCAUUUGUGCAAAGUAAUAAAAAUGCAUUUAUGUAUAGCAGCAGUUUUAGAUCUAUGCACAAUAAGUUGAUUCUUUGAUAUUUAACUUCAUAUUAAACCACAUUGUUUGCUGAACCUUUAUCUUUGGGGGAUGUAACCUGGAAGAGAAAUAGAGAAUUGAGUUCAUGUGAUGUAAAGUGUGCUUGAAACAUUUUUUUUGGACCAUAGUACAAAUUUUUGAAAGAUAUAGCAUUCCAGCAUUUUGGGCUAGCAUGAUAAAGAUGCGUGAAACAACAAAGUCAGUUGAGAGCUUCAGAGGCAUUCUUGUUCUUUUAUUUGUUUUUUCUUUUUGUUUCUUUUACUCAAAUAUCUUGUUAUAUCUGUUGCAUAUUUUUUCUUAAUGUUAGCCCCUGCAUUGAUUUUAUGUUGCCGAUUGUUACAACUGAUUGUGAAUAAAAUUAAAGAGGGCAGAAAACUGAUCAACUUUCCCCCUGUCUUUAAACUCGACAGUCGAUUUGUUAAUGCUGAGAAAUAAUUAACUGCACCUGCUCUUUUAUCUUUAGCGUUCACAUGUAACUAAAUACGCUUCUAGAAUACAUAAGUAGCUUUAAGGUAUUACCAAAAAACAGUGGACUUCCUAAAACUGCAUUUAGCAACAGAUGUUAUAGAUAAUGAUGAAAAGAAAGAAAUAUGUACAUAGAUACGAGUGACAGAGAAUUAAACUAUUCGAGACAAAAUGCUAAAAUUGUACAUGGAAUAGAAGCUGCAGGAACACACCUCCAGAUCUCUGGAUCUUUGUACCCACAUGAACAGUCCGCUACCUCCUUCUCCACCACCUCCUCCCCCAUAGUUGUUAUUUUUUCAUUUUCUUCACUUUCAUCUUGGGUUUUACUUUUUUUCCAUGUUGGAUACGCACUUUAUUGUAAAUAGUGUUCCUUAGCUGUUAAUAUGCCUUUUUUUAUUGCAGGAGACUUUGGUUGUCUUUUAAACAUAAAACAACCUACUACCCUAUUUUUUCCUGUCUGGUAUUUUUUAUUUUCAUUUUUAACUUUUUUUUUUCUCAGUUUGGGUAAAGUUUUAACCAAAGAUCUGGUGUACUUUUGAAAAACCUUCCAUUCUUUUCCACCCAGCCAAAAACUAACACCAUCUUGUUUGCUACAAUUGAUACAGAAAGUGCACAUAUUGAACACAUCUUGGGGCAUUUACAGUAGAAAUUGUAAUUUUAUUAUUUUAAGAGUUCCUGUUUUCUACAUGUCAAUUAAAGUUUAUGGUUCUAUGAACAAUAUUGCUAUGAAAACAGCAGGCCAACCUCCUUGUUUUGCUUUUAUUUUAACUUCUACAAGAGAAUAUCGCUGCCUUUUUUAAAAACUCCACUAUGCUGGGUACAGUUGUCAGCAGUUUUUAUUUUUUUCUAUAUAUUGGCAAAUACUACAAUAUUUCCCAUACUUAGUAAAUCCACCAAAUAGGUUGCUUCAAUUUGCCUCAGUGAUAUUUUCUUGCCUCACAGGAACAUUAGUUAUUACACAUCGCCGUUGCUGCUUUAGUGGAUACAGUUUGAUUCAACAAAUGUCUUCUCCACAAGACUCAAGUUACAUAUUUAGUGUUAUCAGUAAUAUAGACCCAAUGAAUAUUCUGUUCCUUUGUAUUUUUUUUUUUUUUUUUAAUUUUGUUUGAAUCAAUGAGAAGUGUCCAUAGAGAGCAAUGGGCAGGCUGGGCCUCCCUCCCCCAUGUUCUGCCGGCCUCUUUCAGUAAAACCAAACUCUCAUUAAACCAACCAAACAAAAGCUGACUGCAAUCAUUAUGUGCAGGAAUUAGCGCUUUAUGCAAUAGCUGAAGCAGCAAUCUUUUUCAGCAUUACUGGUAUUCUGUCUUUUCAGGCCUGCUGGAGAAAUACAAAAACGCUACAGUAGGACAAGAUUUUCACUUUUGCUGAUUGGCACUGCAAUGUUUGUCAAAAGCGGAGAACCUGAGAUUUUGAUGCAUUAAUGUUUGUGGACAAAACAAUAGCGGAAAAAAAUAUUUUUCAUAGCAAUUCUUUAAAACUCGUAGCUACCUCGUGAUUAGUGAGAUUUCUUGAUAAUCGCCUUAUAGAGCAUCAAUUUCUUUUCCUGGUAUUUGUAUUUAGUUUUUAGUGGAGAUGCCCAAACAACAUUAUUGUAAUUAAUUAGAAUAGCACUUAGGACUUGCGUCCGAACAUGUUCAUUUCAAGAAUUUAUUAAAUCAAAGUCUGCACUGUGCAUGGGUCUCUCAACCUGCGGCUUCAUUGUCUGCCUUGGCUUGAAAGGUCUUGCCUCUGAUAUAAAAGGAUCAAGGUGGCAUUGUAUUGGAAUCUUAAAAGAGAAUUUAAGUACAAGGACGGAUCUUCUUGCAAGAGUUUUAUUUGUCUUGCGUUUUGUAGUUUUUCAAUUCCUGUGCCUGGCUUGUUCAUGUUUAGUUAUUACGUUUGCAGUGUUGAUUAUAAAAAUGGGCUUUUUGAAAUUAUUUAAGUGGUAGGUAGCACUGAUACUCAUUUUGAAAUGCUUUGAAGGUGUAAGUGUACGUGAUCCUUUGUUACACUUAAUAAUCUCUAAUCUUGCCAGUCUCGGGUCAUGCGGAUUUUGAACGUGGAUGCCAAUAUACUCACCAUACCAUCAAAAUAUAUUGGCAUUUCUUGAAAUCUGGAUUGCCUGGAGACUGGUUUAGUUAUAACAGAUGUCUAUUGAUAACAUAUUAGAACUAACUGCCUGUCAUUCUUUAAAAUUGUGCCAUACCUGUUGGACUACUAAUGGAAGGACCUUUCACACAUGGCUUUUAAACCUGCAUUUGGCAAGGAGUGUAAACGUGAACCCUGUCAAGAAAGCCAUUGCUGUUGUACACACCAUUGUGAGCGGACACUGUCUCCUUUGUAUGCUCCGUUCACCUCCGAGUGAGGUUGUUGAGCGCCUUUCAGUUUAGAAUUAGGCCGCACCAAGGUGUUGUGACUCUUUGAUUUGCUUGAUUUCAGAAGUGUGUAAUUGUACCACAGUAAGUGAAACAGGCCUGUUGGUUUUGUCAACAAGCUGCAAAUAAAUGUGAUUAUUUUUCAAAACCAUUAUUCUGUUGAAGGUUAGUGCUAAAGAUUUCAUAUUUCAAUAUUAAUUUGUGUGGACACAAUUUGCCUCAACAGGAGUUUAAUUACUUUUUCAUAUCUAGAAUCUGGAAAUCUGCAGUAGUAGGUUGGUAAGCAUGUAGGGUUGUCCAUUUUGCUUCCAUGUUCUUGAGCCCUCCUGCUUUUCCCUUUCUUCUUCCAGCAGUUGUGCCUUCCUUUGUGUGUUAUUUCGACACGUAUCUUCUGUUGUGUGCAAUUAACUCCUUUUGCUGCUGUUUUCAAUGUUUUCAUGCAGAGAUUUAAUGAGGCUACUUCCUUUUGUGUGCAGCAGGGUCACCAUACACCUCGCCGAUUUACAAGCAACACUGUUUUAUAGUGUAUGAAAGUAUUUUGUACUUUCUGAUAUUUCACUGUAUUCUUCACAGACUUUGUUCUAUGCAAGAUAAUCUAUCACAACUGAAGACACUGUUAAGGAGAAGUGAUAUUUAUUCUGUUACUUAUAUGACUUGAACUAGAUCAGCCCAGUAUUUUUUCAGUUUAUCUUCUUUCUCUCUCUGUUGUAUUUAAUAACCUGAUACAGCAAACUGGAGCAAACUUACCAGUGUACUUUACCGGUGGAACAAACUACCGGGUUAUUUUUGUUGUAUAUGUUAGAAAUUGUUUCUGGUUUUCUUGCAAUAAAUUAUCUAAAGUUUACAUG